AUGGACAAAUCCUUCCUUCACAUAGAUUUUUUGCACUUGAAGGAGCAAUUGGCUCAGUCUCAGGAGGAGAUCGCAGAUGGACUGUCUUCGAUCAGCGAUCUCAUGCAACAAGUGGAUGGUUUGACUCCCCUAGAGGGUCAGUUGGCACUUUCGCAGGCGGAGAACGCCAACCUACGUCGUCAGCUUGCGGAACACCUCGAGAUAUACGACCAGUUGCAGGUGGUGGAGCAUGAUCGGGAUCAGGCUAUAGCUGAACACCGAGCUCUCCUCGACACACUGAACAGUGCUAUACUCGGAUCCCGGUCGUCUGCGUUGAUCGCUCGAUCGACGCCUGAGAGUGCUACUCCGGUCGUAUCGCCCCCUGCUCCCACUACCCCGGGAUCGAGAUCGCUUGCCCGUAGGUCCAGAUCGAGAUCGUUCGGCCCGCCUGCCAAGCGUCGGCGUAUUCAACCAAGGUCACAAUCCAGUGAUUCUUCCACCGCCCGUGUGGCUUCCCGGCUAUUGUCGUUGAACCCUUCAAUACCUUUGAACAACCUUCCCGGAUUGGCCCCACCCGAGCCUCCACCCAAUUCUUCUUGUUCUCCGCUUUCUUCCGCGGCUUCUGGGACUGGAUCGGGAAGUGAGGAGCUGACCGAGUCGGAUUCUAGCUCGGAUGAUUUGACUCGUGCUGCAUUAUCCCAAUCGAGAUCGGCCUCUCGUCGUCAACCUAGAUCGGAUGCCCGAUCUUCGACCCCGAACCCCUCUCCGGCCGCUCGGGUUGUUCCCGCUUCUCCCGCGGCUACUGCGUUGGCUCAAGCACUGUUGCGUUCGCCUUCUCCAGACGUUCCGGAGCCUCGUUAUCUUUCGUACCCAUCCACUCCGGUCGCGGCUGUCCCCGUAGUCGAAAUUCAAGAUGAUGACGGCGUAGAAGACGUGGAGGUAUCGCCAACAGGGGAGACACACAGCGAGACUGGCUCUGUUAGUCCGCCUCCGGAGUCUACUGCGCUUUCGGAUCGCCAUUCGUCCGAUAGCGAAAACAGCAUCACCCUUCCGGCACGCCAAGUGGCUAACAGAGUUUUCUCUUCCGUGGACUUCGACAAUCUUCCGCCACUCCAGCAACCACGGGAUCGGUGGAUUCCCAACUAUCUGGCGCCCUCCCGACGGGUAGCUUCCGAGAUCGCUCCAUGGUCCGUUUCGCGGAUCGCGAUGGUUUGCGUGAGGACCAUGACCAUUGAGCUGUUGUUUCACCACUACUCCAAACCCAGGAAUUUUCUGUUUCCCUUCUACAAUCAUGGACGAGCUCCGCCUACGGGGACUUGGGCUUCUGGGCUGAUCUCGCGGCAACACAUCGAGGCUCUUUAUGCUUUAGCCCCUUGGGAUAAUAUCAUAGUCCCAGUGAACCCGAUAUCAUUCACCAUGACUGGAUGGUAUCGUGAUAUGGGUCAUCGGUACCUGGAGCUUGAGUCCACUCAUCGAAAAGCUCUGUGGGAAUCUACUCAUGCUUUCCCGAUUCCUCCGGCUCAAAGGCGAUCUGAACGGUUCAUGCAGACAUUCUGA